GCUGUCCCUCAGUUGUAAAUUGUAGCGAUUUACGCUUUAUAUUAUCUCCUGCUUGUUCUUUUGUCAUAAAAAGACGGAUUGCAUUGAACAUCUGCAUCUAUAAACGGUUAAGAUUGAUCGAACCCUAAUUCCAUGGCCAGCCAUGGGCGGUCCCGACCUUGAAUCCCAGACCCCAAACACGAUAGACGGGGUCACUAGAGAAGAGGAAGAGAAAGCAGUCAAAGCCGGAAAAGGCUACGGCCUGCCCAUCUGGCGAAAAUGUAUCAUUCUCUUCGUCGUUAGUUGGAUGACUCUCGCCGUUACCUUCUCAAGCACAUCUCUUCUUCCAGCAACCCCCGAGAUCGCCGAGGAAUUCAACACCACCACCGAAACUCUUAACAUCACUAAUGCCGGCGUUUUGCUGGCUAUGGGAUUCUCGUCGUUGAUAUGGGGGCCUAUGAAUAAUUUGAUCGGCAGGAGGAUUUCUUACAAUCUCGCCAUUUUGAUGCUCUGCGCGUGUUCGGCGGCAACAGGUUCUGCUGUUGAUCUAAAGAUGUUUACUGCAUUCAGGGUGUUGGGCGGGUUGACGGGGACAUCAUUUAUGGUCUCGGGGCAGACUAUCCUAGCCGAUAUUUUUGAGCCGGUUGUCCGUGGAACAGCAGUGGGAUUCUUUAUGGCUGGAUCUGUCAGCGGACCUGCAAUUGGUCCUUGUAUCGGAGGCCUCAUCGUCACUUUCUCCAGCUGGCGCAAUAUCUACUGGCUCCAAGUUGGUAUGACAGGACUCGGCUUGGCUCUGUCCAUCAUCUUCGUUCCAGAAAUCAAACCAGAAACAAAAGAAGGUUCCGAGGACAAGGAGAAGAUGACCGUGCUUUCAGCCCUGCGUCUGUUCAACCCCCUUCGGAUCUUCAGACAAUGGGUAUACCCCAACGUCUUCUUCUCCGACCUAACCUGCGGCCUCCUUGCCACCUUCCAAUACUCCCUUCUGACAUCCGCCCGCUCAAUCUUCAACCCCCGCUUCCACCUCACAACUGCCCUCGUCUCCGGCCUCUUCUACCUCGCCCCAGGGGCAGGCUUUCUAGUCGGCAGCAUCAUAGGCGGAAAACUAUCCGACCGUACGGUACGAAUAUAUAUUGCUCGCCGUGGCUUUCGAUUACCCCAGGACCGUCUUAAUUCAGGUUUGAUUACUCUCUUCGCCGUUCUUCCUGUCUCGACACUCAUUUAUGGGUGGACGUUGCAGGAGGAGAAGGGGGGCAUGGUGGUGCCGAUUUUGGGCGCGUUUUUCGCCGGUUGGGGGCUUAUGGGGAGUUUUAAUACCUUGAAUACUUAUGUUGCUGAGGCUAUACCACAUAAACGCUCCGAAGUCAUUGCCGGGAAGUAUAUUGUGCAGUAUAUAUUUUCGGCAGCGAGUAGUGCCCUUGUUGUGCCUAUUAUCGAUGCGAUCGGCGUUGGAUGGACUUUUACUAUUUGUGUUGUAUUUUCCAUCAUCGGUGGCCUGUUAACGAUAGCUACUGCACGAUGGGGCUUGGAUAUGCAACAAUGGGCAGAGAAGACGUUCCGUAUUCGCGAGAAACCUGGGUUUUGAUUCGAUACGAAUUGGUCCGGCCUUAUAAUUCUGAUUAUAGUUAUGGCCAUGGCUAUGAUAAUGCUUAUUUAUAGAUCUUAG